AUGCGGGUUUCUGGGUUGGUGAGGAACGGGGAACUGGCUUUGACUCAUCUCUUUCGCAGAAAUCAACCCAGAACCUUCUACCCUCGCUUUGUUCACUCCCUGUCACCUCACCCUCCCACCAUCGACAGGAUGACUUCUCCUUCGGAAUGGACCGCUCAGCGAGUCCGAGAAACAUUCUUGGAUUACUUUAAACAAAAUGGCCAUACCUUUGUCCCUUCCUCUCCGGUUGCUCCUCUGUCGGAUCCAACUCUGCUUUUCACCAAUGCGGGAAUGAACCAGUUCAAGUCCAUAUUCCUGGGCACCGUUGACCCCUCGUCGGACUUUGGAAAGUUGAAGCGUGCAACGAACUCACAAAAGUGUCUCCGUGCCGGUGGAAAGCAUAAUGAUCUGGAUGAUGUCGGCAAGGACAGUUAUCACCACACCUUCUUUGAGAUGCUUGGCAACUGGAGUUUUGGCGACUAUUUUAAGAAAGAAGCCAUCACAUAUUCAUGGACCCUGUUGACAGAAGUCUACGGGCUCGAUCCCGAUCGCCUUUACGUCACUUAUUUCGAGGGCAAUGAAGCCGGUGGUUUGGAGCCGGAUCUGGAGGCCAAAGAACUAUGGAAGUCCGUGGGCGUUCCCGAAUCCCACAUUCUUCCUGGAGAUAUGAAAGACAACUUCUGGGAAAUGGGUGACCAAGGCCCAUGUGGACCUUGCAGCGAAGUACACUACGAUCGGAUUGGUGGCCGCAAUGCUGCUCACCUUGUGAAUGAAGAUGACCCGAAUGUGCUGGAAAUCUGGAACAAUGUUUUUAUCCAAUAUAACCGCGAACCGGAUAGCACCCUACGAUCACUUCCCAACAAGCACGUUGAUACUGGAAUGGGCUUUGAAAGACUGGUGUCGAUCCUUCAAGACAAAUCCUCAAAUUACGAUACCGAUGUCUUCACUCCGAUCUUCCAGGCUAUUCAGAAUACCACUGGAGCUCGUGAAUACCGCGGCCACUUUGGUGCUGAUGAUGUCGAUGGAAUCGAUACGGCCUACCGUGUUGUUGCAGACCACGUGCGAACUUUGAUGUUUGCUAUCUCUGAUGGUGUCAUUCCCAACAAUGAGGGUCGUGGCUAUGUGAUUCGUCGUGUUCUGCGCCGAGGAGCUCGUUAUGCUCGGAAAUACUUCCAAGUCGAUAUUGGAAACUUCUUCGCCAAACUUGUGCCAACUGUUGUGGACCAAUUGGGUGAAAUGUUCCCUGAACUCAAGCGAAAGCAGCAAGAUGUUAUUGAAAUCUUGGAUGAGGAAGAGUUAUCAUUUGCCAAGACCUUGGAUAGAGGUGAACGGCAAUUCGAGCAAUAUGCCCAGCAGGCUAAAGUCAAAGGCACCGACACACUUCAUGGUGCCGAUGUUUGGAGACUUUAUGAUACCUUCGGCUUCCCUGUUGAUCUGACUCGAAUCAUGGCCGAGGAACGUGGUCUCUGUAUUGAUGAUGUCGAAUUUGAAGACGCUCGUUUGAAGGCAAAGGAAGCCAGCAAGGGUCAGAAAAAGGCUGCUGAGAAUGCAGUCAAACUCGAUGUCCACGAUCUAGGAAAGCUGGAGAAAAUGAAUGACGUACACAAAACGGACGAUUCGGCCAAAUUCGGCCGAGGCAACAUCACUUCUCGCGUCAAGGCCAUUUACCACGGGAAGGCUUUCCAUGACAGCACUGAUGAUAUCCCAGAAGGAGUUCAGAUUGGCGUCAUUCUUGAUUGCACAAACUUCUAUGCCGAACAGGGAGGCCAGGAGAAUGAUACCGGCAAAAUCAUUAUUGACGGGCAAGCGGAGCUGGAAGUCGGCGAUGUCCAGGCAUAUGCUGGCUAUGUUCUCCACACUGGCUUUAUGAAAUACGGAAAAUUCACUGUCGGCGAUUCCGUCAUUUGCGAAUACGAUGAGCUGCGGCGCUGGCCCAUCCGGAACAACCAUACGGGAACUCAUAUUCUGAAUUUCGCUCUGAAGGAAAUUCUAGGCGAUGGUGUCGACCAAAAGGGAUCUUUAGUGGCCGCUGAGAAGCUGCGGUUUGACUUCUCCCACAAGAGCGCAAUCUCCGACGUCGAGCUUGAGAAAAUCGAAGCCAAGGCAACUGAAUAUAUCCGACAGAACUGCGCUGUUUACUCUCAGGAGGUUCCUCUCGCUACUGCCCAACAAAUAUCAGGCGUGAGAGCAGUGUUUGGCGAGACUUACCCGGAUCCUGUUCGUGUUGUCUCGGUGGGCGUGGAAUUGGAGGAGAUUUUGCAGAAUGUCAAGGAUCCCCGAUGGCAGGAAGUCAGUAUUGAGUUCUGUGGUGGAACUCAUGUCCAAAAGACAGGCGAUAUCAAGGAUUUGGUUAUCCUGGAGGAAAGUGGCAUUGCUAAGGGAAUUCGCCGUAUCAUUGCGGUCACUGGCGAGGAUGCGCAUGAGGUGCAGAGAGUUGCCCAGGAAUUCGGGCAGCGCCUUGAUCAUCUCAAUGCAUUGCCACUAGGCCCUGAAAAGGAGCGGGAGGCUAAGCAAGUCCAGGUGGACCUCAACCAGCUUACGAUUUCCGCCGUUCAGAAGGCCAAAUUCCGCGAACGUUUUGCUAAGAUCAAUAAGCAGGUCCUCGAUGGCCAGAAAGCGCAGCAAAAGCUGGAAUCCAAGAAAGCAGUCGAUGCCAUUACCUCUUAUUUCGAGGCCCCCGAAAAUCAAGACAAGUCGUGGCUUGUGGUCCGACUUCCAAUUUCUGCGAAUGCGAAGGCCGUUAGCGAAUCUCUGAACCAUGUCAAGUCAAAAAUGCAGGGAAAGAGUGUCUAUCUUUUGGCAGCCGACUCUGAGCAAGGUCGGGUUUCACACGGUUGUUACAUUUCUCAGGCGCUGAGUGACCAAGGUGCUUCGGCAAGCGACUGGGCGGCCGUUGUCUCUGGUGCUGUGGGAGGGAAAGCAGGAGGCAAAGGAGCUACUUCCAUUGGUAACGGUACCAAUGCUGAAAAUGUUGAGGAGGCUAUCUCACUGGCUGCGGACUAUCUCAAUAAGUUCAAGCUCUAG